UCUGGAUUAUUAAUUGGCUAUUUCAUAGAAUGCAUUACAUCAAAUUUUUAUACUCCUGUUAGAGAGGUUGCUAAAUCUUGUGGAACUGGGGCUGCUACAAACAUUAUUUAUGGAUUAGCCUUGGGAAAAUUAUCUAUAUUGUUCCUAUUAUGAUAACUGCUAUCACUGCAUUGUUAUCGAUAAAAAUGCUUUUAUUUUAUAGAGUUGCUUUAGCUGCUAUAGGAAUGCUUUGCAAUCUCACAAUAGGAUUAGGUAUUAAUGCAUAUGGACCUAUAUCUGAUAAUGCUGGUGGUAAUGCUGAAAUUAGUGAAUUCGGAGAAAAUGUUAGAGAAUCUACUGAUACCUUAAAUGCAGCUGGUAAUAUUACUGCUGCUAUUGGAUCUGUUGCUUUAGUCUCAUUAUCACUUUAUGGUGGAUAUUUAACCAGAAUAUAGACUUAUAAAAUAGGUGAUGAAUUUCCAUUUGCUGAAGGAGCUAAAAUUGAUGGCCAUAUCAGUUAGAAGAUAAUUAUAAUUAAUCCUAAUUCAAUUUUGUUAAUUUUUAAUCAUAUUCAAAUUAAUAAUAGAAUUUAGUUAGCAUGUUUUGCUAAUAAAAGACCAUUAGAAUAUUAAGAAAAUGAGUAAAAAUCUAGUCUUUAUCCAAAAUUUUUAUAUUUAAAAAGGAAAAAUUUAGAAAAUUUUAUAAUUAUCAAAGUAAUAAUAUUAUAAUCUAUAAAGAUAAUUUAAAAAUUUUAUAACUAUUUUAUUACCCUCAGUGAAUUCUAAUAAAAAAUUAACAAUCCAUUAUCUGUAAUUGUAGCAGGAUUCUUUUUUAUUUAUUAUUAAGGAUUACUUUGGGACUGAGUAUUUUCUGGUAAAUUCAUUUCUACUUUUCCUACCAAAUCUGCUCUUAUAUCUGCUGCCUUUGUAAAUAAUCCACCUCCUACUCUACCAAAUAAUAAAAAUGUUGAUCUUACUAAACAAAAUGCUUUUACAUAAUCAAACAUUGUCACUAAAUCUUCAAAGUUAUUCUCAUCACUUUUUACUAUUACUGCAUUAUAUAUUAUUAUAAAUGUUAAAAUUAAAUCUGUUCNGCUUUGUCCCCAAUUAUCAUAGGUUUUACAUAUUUGUGUUUACCUUCGAAUAUGGUUCCAGUAGAUAAAUCUAUUCAAUUGGCAUAACUUAAACCAUGGAAUGCUAUCUUAUGAUCUUUAAUGGGAUUAGGGUCUGGAUUAUUAAUUGGCUAUUUCAUAGAAUGCAUUACAUCAAAUUUUUAUACUCCUGUUAGAGAGGUUGCUAAAUCUUGUGGAACUGGGGCUGCUACAAACAUUAUUUAUGGAUUAGCCUUGGGAAAAUUAUCUAUAUUGUUCCUAUUAUGAUAACUGCUAUCACUGCAUUGUUAUCGAUAAAAAUGCUUUUAUUUUAUAGAGUUGCUUUAGCUGCUAUAGGAAUGCUUUGCAAUCUCACAAUAGGAUUAGGUAUUAAUGCAUAUGGACCUAUAUCUGAUAAUGCUGGUGGUAAUGCUGAAAUUAGUGAAUUCGGAGAAAAUGUUAGAGAAUCUACUGAUACCUUAAAUGCAGCUGGUAAUAUUACUGCUGCUAUUGGAUCUGUUGCUUUAGUCUCAUUAUCACUUUAUGGUGGAUAUUUAACCAGAAUAUAGACUUAUAAAAUAGGUGAUGAAUUUCCAUUUGCUGAAGGAGCUAAAAUUGAUGGCCAUAUCAGUUAGAAGAUAAUUAUAAUUAAUCCUAAUUCAAUUUUGUUAAUUUUUAAUCAUAUUCAAAUUAAUAAUAGAAUUUAGUUAGCAUGUUUUGCUAAUAAAAGACCAUUAGAAUAUUAAGAAAAUGAGUAAAAAUCUAGUCUUUAUCCAAAAUUUUUAUAUUUAAAAAGGAAAAAUUUAGAAAAUUUUAUAAUUAUCAAAGUAAUAAUAUUAUAAUCUAUAAAGAUAAUUUAAAAAUUUUAUAACUAUUUUAUUACCCUCAGUGAAUUCUAAUAAAAAAUUAACAAUCCAUUAUCUGUAAUUGUAGCAGGAUUCUUUUUUAUUUAUUAUUAAGGAUUACUUUGGGACUGA